AUGGCACACAGAGAAGUCACGAAAAUACCAAACCCACCCAGGCAAUCGAUCUUCUGGACCAGGAUAUAGAGAUUAUUGCUCCAGUAUCCGACAACGAUAGUGGCUCUGUAGCUAUCAACUCUGAACAUGUCGUCAAUGGUAUCAAAUCAGGCAGCUACAAACAACUCCAAGACACCAAUGGGCAUAUCUACAAACUGGCAACGGGGAAUGGCAAAGGCACAGUCCGUGUUGCUAACAUCGCAACUUCAGAACCUCAAGCAGAAUCCAUGGGGCAUUCUUUAUCUAAACGUUUUAGUGAAUUUGUCGGCAAGAGAGUGACACUUGAAGAUGAAAGCACUGAUAAAAAUGCAGAGGUACUAAAUCUACCCCAGGAGACAAACGAAGAUCUUCUGCCAGUUGUCUUCACUGUAUUACCAGCUGAUCAAGACGAGAAGGAACAUGAUGCUUUCAACAAACGUGUUUAUGAUUUUGUAGGCAAACGAAGUUACGACUUCGUUGGAAAGAGAAGCUAUGAUUUUGUGGGCAAACGAUAUCCCUACGACUUUGUUGGCAAGCGCUCACCGUAUGAUUUUGUUGGCAAAAGGUCCUCUUACGACUUUGUUGGGAAACGAUCACCUUACGACUUUGUUGGCAAAAGGUCAUCCUAUGAUUUUGUUGGCAAAAGGUCACCUUACGACUUUGUUGGCAAAAGAUCGCCUUACGACUUCGUUGGCAAAAGAUCGUCUUACGACUUUGUUGGCAAAAGAUCACCUUACGACUUUGUUGGCAAAAGAUCACCUUAUGACUUUGUUGGGAAAAGGUCACCUUACGACUUCGUUGGAAAAAGAUCACCUUACGACUUCGUUGGCAAAAGAUCACCUUACGACUUUGUCGGGAAAAGAUCACCUUACGACUUUGUUGGCAAAAGAUCCCCUUAUGACUUUGUCGGGAAAAGAUCACCGUAUGACUUUGUAGGCAAGCGUUCAUCUUAUGAAUUCGUUGGUAAACGCUCACCUUCCGAGUCUGAUACGAAAGCAGAACAAAACAGUGAUGUUUCAGAAAACAGUCACUCGCUGACCUUGUCACCAACAGUCAGUGAAUACACAAAGGAGGAAUCUGUCAACCAUAAGCCUCAACAAAAAUCAGAAAGCAUCUCAGAGGCCGGUGAAACUAAAAAGCGAUACACAGAAUUUCUAGGCAAAAAGAAACGAACCGAAGAAGAAGCAGAAGAAACCCCUUCUAACAGUCAUCGUUUUGCGGAACUUUUACGGAGCAAUGGGUUUAGAAAACGACUUUCGAAAAUAUUGUUUAGUCAGAAACUAGCAGACCAGUAUCCCGAGUUCAUAGGGAAAAGAGAUGAAACAAAAGACGAGUGA